AUGUCUGAUAGAGUCUCAAUGACAGAAUUAGGUUCAUUAGCUAGCCUCAUUAGCAGCGUGAAGGCCAAUACGGCUACAAAUUCUAUGCUCCAAAAUGAAGAAAAGGAAUUGCUUGCUAAGAAAAAGAAGAAGAAUGCAGAAAUUGCUGCUCUUGCAGCCAAGGUUUCGGGACCUACUGUUGUUGUAUUUGAUGGAUCGAGCCUAAGAAAGAAAGCUACAGGAGAAAGCAAAGCUGAGAAGAGAGCAUUUAUGUCCUCCAAGAUAUCUAAGCCCGAGCCUUCCUUGUCGGCCAUCCCUAAACCACUCUCAGAAAAGGAUCAAGAAGAAGAAGAAGAGAAUGACCGACAUGAUAAAGAUUUGAAGGAACUUUUGGCUACUACAAAACUUUUGGAAGAAUACCAAUUGGAGGAGAUGUCUGGUAAGGAACGGAGGAAACAUAUGAUGGCAAAGAUGGAAGCACUGGGUGUAAAGGCUUCUGCAAAUGGAAAGGUUCCUCUAGCAAUGCACCUCGGUAUGGAGGCCAAGAAAUCUGAACGUCAACAACAGAAACUGCAAAACGCAAAGGAUUUAGGGUUGUAUGAUAAGUCUACCCGACAUUUGUAUGUUGAUAAAAAGGAGAAGGAGCGAAGCAAAGAUACUGGUAUUACAAAUGGUAUUGGCAAAAUGAAGGGUGCUAUGUUGACUAUCAGUAAAAACGAACUCAAGCGCGUCAGUCGACAAGGAGUAAAGAAAGCAAAGGGUCCAAAGCAGACCAAGAAGCGUAAAUAA